AUGAGUUCGAAAAGUAAGAUUGAGAAAUGGAUAAUAGCAGAUUGGAGUUCCAAUCGAUCCCCCGAAGUCGCCAAAACAACGGAAACCAGUGUGAAGUCUGAACAGAUUGCUGAAGACAAACCAGCAGACAAAUCACACUCACAAAGGCGUUCAAAGGCAAAUGAAAGCGCGGGAAGCGGAACUAAUGCACCGCCUGAAGAUAAAGAUUACUCUCCGAGCGCUUCGUCUUGGGAGCCGACCGACGACAGUUCGUCGUCAGAAGACUCAGAUAAUGAAGUGACUAAUUGUAAGUCAAAAACAAUAAAAAUGGAGCAAUAUAUUCGUCAGUAUGUUAAAAAAAGAAAUAGUAAAAAAGUACUAACGCCUGUACAUAGACCCAAUGCAGUUGUAAACGUUUUACAAGAACGUCAGAUUAACGGAAACAAUAGAAGCCUUAAUGACGCUCGUAAAAGAAAAUAUUACUGGGAAAUCCCGAUUGUAAACAAGUCUUUACCUGAUUCAACACAAAAAAAAGUUUCGCUGUCUAAGGAAGCAACUGAGAAUAUAAUUGUUAGAAGGCAGGCAAUUUUAGAAAUGAAACAGACUUUCGAGGAAUUGUUUAAAAUAAUCAACGAAAUAAGACCAGUAAGCGAGACACAAGUUUCUGUUAGAAAUGGUAAUAUGAAAAUGAAAUAUCUCGAUUUAAAUACAGUCGAUCCGUCAAUUUCGAAAUUUAUAGUACACGAUUCAACCUCCGAUAGCGAUUGCAGCGAACGAAGUCAGAGUGAGGAGUCUAACCGAUCAAAUGAUAACGUACUUAUUACAAACAAAUAUCACAAAAUACAGCCAGAAAAAGUACAAAAUGAUACGAAGAACGAAAUUGAGGAAUGGAUACCUAUCGGAAGUGGUAAGACUCUAAUACACAAAGACAAGUACAGGAAAGUUAACUGGAAGUCCUACACUAUUGCUACCCGGACGCUCCUACUAGCUACAUUCCCACGAAGGAUAUUAGCGACGCAUUCAUUGACUGGCAAACGUUCACCUGCAUUCCAAGACAAACCUGCAAAGAUGUGCCUUGAUCCGAAAAUCGUUUCAGAUAUCAUUAUAGAAAUUACAUCAAAAUUCAAAGUUAAAGAAAAUUUGGUAAGAGGUAUAAUAACAACGAAAUGCGCAGAUGAGUGCAAAAUGCUAAAACAACGAUUGAAAAAUAAGAAAUCUAAGAAAGGCUCUCCUCCACAAGGCACUAAGGAAGAAUCUACACAA